ACUGCAAGAAUGAGCACCCCGCUGCUGCUCCUGCUACUGCUGGCCUUGUUGGCUAUGGGAGUGACCUCUCAAAAACUCAUCGCCUGUAGACAAGACUGCAGGUUGAUAAAGUGCGCCAAACUGACCCCCAGAAACUGCCGGCAUACGAUUGUCAAGAACGCAGGAUUGUGUGGUUGCUGUGACGCAUGUAUCAAAAUACAUC